AUGAAUCAAGCCCGGGCAAGACGAAUCAAGCCCGGGCAAAACGAACAAGCCGAAUCAAGCCGGGCAGACGAAUCAAGCCGAUCGAGCCGCGAAUCAAGCCCGGCAAGCGGAAUCAAGCCCGGGCAAGACGAAUCAAGCCGUGGCAAAACGAAUCAAACGAAUCAAGCCCCGGGCAAGACGAAUCAAGCCCGGGCCAAUCAAGCCCGGCAAGACGAAUCAAGCCGAAUCAAGCCCGGCAAGACGAAUCAAGCCGAAUCAAGCAAGACGAAUCAAGCCCGGGCAAAAACGAAUCAAGCCCGGGCCGAAUCAAAAGACGAAUCAAGCCCGGGCAAGCGAAUCAAGCCCGGGAAUCAAGCCGAAUCAAGCCCGGGCAAAACGAAUCAAAAGCCGAAAUCAAAGCCCGGGCAAGACGAAUCACGAAUUGCCGAAUCAAGCCCGGGCAAGACGAAUCAAGCCGAAUCAAGCCCGGGCAAGACGAAUCAAAGCCCGGGGCCGAAUCAAGCCCGGGCAAGCGAAUCAAGCCGAAUCAAGCCCGGGCAAACGAAUCAACGAAUCAAGCCCGGGCAAGACGAAAGCCGAAUCAAGCCCGGGGGCAAGCAAGCCGAAUCGAAUCAAGCCGAAUCAAGCCCGGGCAAGACGAAUCAAGCCGAAUCAAGCCCGGGACGAUCAAGCCGAAUCAAGCCCGGGCAAAAACGAAUCAAGGGAAUUCAAGCCGAAUUCAAGCCCGGGCAAGCCGAAUCAAGCCCGGGCAAGCGAAUCAGACGACGAAUCAAGCCGAUCAAGCCGAAUCAAGCCCGGGCAAGCCGAAUCAAGCCGGGCAAGACGAAUCAAGCCCGGCAAGCCCGGGCAAGCCGAUCAAAGCCCGAAGAACGAAUCAAGCCGAAUCAAGCCCGGGCAAAGACGAAUCAUGCCGAAUCAAGCCGAAUCAAGCCGGGCAACGAAUCAAGCCCGGAAAGCCGAAUCAAGCCGGGCAAGACGAAUCAAGCCGAAUCAAGCCCCGGGCAAGGACGAAUCAGCCGAAUCAAGCAAGCCGAAUCAAGCCCGGGCAAGACGGAAUCAUGCCGAAUCGCCCGGGCAAAUCGAAUCAAGCCGAAUCAAGCCCGGGCAAGGACGACAUCAAGCCGAACAAGCCCGGGCAAGACGAAUCAUGCCGAAUCAAGCCCGGGCAACGAAUCAAGCCGAAUCAAGCCGGCAAGGACGAAUCAAGCCGAAAUCAAGCCCGGGCAAGGAAUCAAGCCCGGGCAAGACGAAUCAUCGAAUCAGCCCGGGCAAGCCGAAUCAAGCCCGGGCAAGACGAAUCAAGCCGAAUCAAGCCCGGGCAAGACGAAUCAAGCCGAAUCAAGCCCGGGCAAAACGAAUCAAGCCCGGGCAAGACGAAUCAAGCCGAAUCAAGCCGGGCAAGCCGAAUCAAGCCCGGGCAAGACGAAUCAUGCCGAAUCAAGCCGGGCCGAAUCAAGCCCCAAGCCGCAAGCCGGGCAAGACGAAUCAAGCCGAAUCAAGCCCGGGCAAGACGAAAUCAAGCCGAAUCAAGCCCGGGGCAAGACGAAUUCAAGCCGAAUCAAGCCGGCAAGACGAAUCAAGCCGAAUUCAAGCCGGGCAAGACGAAUCAAGCCGAAUCAAGCCCGGGCAAGACGAAUCAAGCGAAUCAAGCCGGCAAGCGAAUCAAGCCGAAUCAAGCCGGACAAGCCGAAUCAAGCCCGGCAAGACGAAUCAAGCCCGGGCAAGACGAAUCAAGCCGAAUCAAGGGCAAGCGAAUUCAAGCCCGGGCAAGACGAAUCAAGCCCGCAAGACGAAUCAAGCCCGGGCAAGACGAAUCAAGCCCCGGGCAAGACGAAGCCGAAUCAAGCCGGGCAAGCCGAAUUCAAGCCCGGGCAAGCCGAAUCAGCCGGCAAGCCUCAAGCCCGGGCAAGCGAAUCAAGCCCGGGCAAGCCGAAUCAAGCCCGGGCAAGCCGAAUCAAGCCCGGGCAAGCCGAAUCAAGCCCGGGAAUCAAAAGCGAAUCAAGCCCAAGCCCGGGCAAGCCGAAUCAAGCCCGGGCAAGACGAAUCAAGCCGAAUCAAGCCCGGGCAAGCCGAAUUCAAGCCGAAUCAAGCCCGGGCAAGACGAAUCAGGGAGGUCGAUUCUAA